AAGGGCAGGGGCUCCAUGCGGAGGCGCAGAGCCGAGCAGGCAGCCGUGGGCGCCAGGACGAUGCUGCGUCUCUGGCUGCUCCUCACUGGGCUGGUGGGGCCGGCGCGGGGCGCCUGGCCAGGGCCUGAGGCUGCCUGGCCGGGGCCCGAGGCUGCCUGUGGUCCUGAGGGCUGCUACGUUGUCUUCUUCCAACGCCGCAGCUUCCUGGAGUCCUGGCGGAGCUGCCGAGAGCGUGGCGGGAACCUGGCCACGCUCAAGCGCCAUGAGGAGGCCGCCCAGGUGGCGGAGCUGCUGCAGGCCACGGGCCCGGGUACAGGGCAGCGGCGGCUCUUCUGGAUCGGGCUGCAGCGCCAGCCACGCCAGUGCUUCCCCCAGCGCCCACUGCGUGGUUUCACCUGGACCACCGGCGACCAAGACACGCUCUACACCAACUGGGCGCAGGCCGAGCCGGCCGGGGGCACCGCUUGCUCGGCCUCGCGCUGCGUGGUGCUGAGCUAUGGCCUGGCCACGCAGGAGAAUUUCCAGUGGCUGGAGGGUUCGUGCACCCUACCCGUGGACGGCUUCUUGUGCCGCUUCGGCUUUGCCGGCAUGUGCCACGGACUGGCCACGGAGGAGACGGGGCCCGUGAGCUACACAACACCCUUCGGCCAAGUCAGCAGCACCCUGAGCCACAUCCCCUUCGGCACAGUGGCGUCCGUGGCCUGUGGUGGCGCAGCCCCUGUCUCGGUGCUGUGCAUGCAGCGGGACGACGGCUCCGUGGGCUGGUCCAAGGAGGAGCCCCUGUGCGGGGAGGAGCUGGGGGACUGGUGUGAGGGUGACAAUGGGGGCUGCCAGCAGCUGUGCGUGGAUGAGGGUCCCAGCUACUCUUGCGAGUGCCACGCCGGCCACGCCUUACUGCCUGACGGGCGCUCCUGCGCCCCAGCCGAUGGCUGCCAGAACCACCCCUGCCAGUUUCAGUGCGUGCCAGGAGAGGACGGAGGGUACCGGUGCUUGUGCCCCGUGGGCUAUACGCUGGCCAGUGACGGGCACACGUGCGAGGACACGGAUGAGUGUGCCACGGGCCCGUGCGAGCAGCUGUGUGACAACUUCCCUGGCGGCUUCCAAUGCCGCUGCCAGGUGGGCUACGAGGACGACGAGGCCGGGGGCUGCGCCGACCUGGAUGAAUGCAACACCGCCCCGUGCGAGCACCAGUGCGAGAACACCGAGGGCUCCUACCUGUGCCUGUGCCACCUGGGCUUCAGCCCGGCCGAGGAGGCGCCGCAGCACUGUGUCGACAACGACGAGUGCCAGAUCCCCGGCGUCUGCCAGCAGAUGUGCGUCAACUACGUGGGCGGCUUUGAGUGCUACUGCACCGAGGGCUACGAGCUGGAGGCUGACCGCAUCAGCUGUGCCCCCCUGGCAGAGCCCCCUGCGCUGGCCACCAGGCAGCAGACCUUCUACCCACACUUCAGGAACCAGCAGGAGUGGGGGGCGGAGGUGCUGCAGGUUUUGGGGACGGACGAGCCUUUCAGCCUGAUCCAGGAGUUCCCCGACCCCACUGCUUCGCCCCCUGAUCUCUCUCCUGCAGCCCCACACCCUAGCACUGGCCACUCAGCCCCUCGCCCCUCCACCACCAGCCCCCCAAUCCCUUCCACAACCACUGGUCCCCUGGACCCCACCACCAGCCCCCCAAUCCCUUCCACAACCACUGGUCCCCUGGACCCCACCACCAGCCCCCCAAUCCCUUCCACAACCACUGGUCCCCUGGACCCCACCACCAGCCCCCCAUCCCUUCCACAACCACUGGUCCCCUGGACCCCACCACCAGCCCCCCCAAUCCCCAGUACCACCACCCUGAUCCCUCCCACAUCCACUGCCCCCCCAGAGCCCACCAAUGGCCCCCCAGUUCCCCACACCAGCCCCGCUAUCACUCCCACAAUUGGCCCCCCAACCCCCAGCACCAGCCCCCCAAGCUCCAAAUCUCCAAGGUCCCCUGGUGCUCCUGCCUCACCCUACAGUGCGGGGGAAGGGGACCCUUCAGCAGACAGGGCCAGGGCUCCGCUGCCCCCUUCGGAGGACCCCAGCACCUCUCCAGGUGGGGAGCGGGCACGGAGGAAGCGGGAUGACCGGUGGCUGCUGGUGGCACUGCUGGUGCCCCUCUGCGUCUUCCUGGUGAUCAUGGUGGCAUUGGGCAUCGUGUACUGCACCCGCUGUGGUGCCAGGGCCAAGAGCCGCAGCGUCACACAGUGCUACCGCUGGGUCACCAGUGCGGGGAGCAAGGGGCCCCCCCACCCCCCUGCAGGGGCCCACCUGACCACCUGCCGGACCAGCGUCUGAGAUUGUGGGGGCCCAGAACACAAAGGGACCAGGACGCGCCCCCCCACACACCUCAGCUGGGAGAUGAGACCCCCUGGCUGGGAUGCCAGGACUGGCCUGCACCCCUCCCCAGCUGAGACCCUGGAGCCAUCCCAUAGCCCCUGGCUGGGACAUGGAGGCCGACGCCCUGGCUGGAGCAAGGGCCCUGCAGCCACCCUGCCCCCUGGCUGGAACAUGGACCCUCAUUUAUUUCCCAACUCCCCAGCUGGAGCAUGGUCCCCCCACAACUGUCCUGCCUCCAUCAGCUGGUCCCCUGGAAUUGCGCAGUGGCUGUCCCGGAGCUGGAAUCACCCUCACCCCAGGGCUGGCACUAGGACUAGGACUGGGCCCCACGAUCCAGGGCAGAGACAUGGAUCCCCUGCACCCUGCCUGGGACACGGCCCCCCCCCUCAUCUCCAGGGCUGGGUUCCUCCUUAUCUUGCUCCUUGGACUUCUGCUAAAUGGACACAGGAGCCACCCCCACUGCUCUGAUUGUGGGGAACCUCUGAUGGGACCCACUGCUACCCCCACCCCAGAAAAGCUUUGAGAAACUGACAGGGAUGGAGAAGUGCCUGCAGGACUUGAGAGACCUCUGGAACUAGGGGCCACGGAGCCAAGAGGGGAGGGAAGUGGGGGCCUGGAGCUAGGGGAAGGGGGGAGUCAUGGGGGGCUCAGAAUGGGGGUUGUGGGAGGUCUUGGGGAGAUAAUGUGGGGGGCCUCUGGGGGGCGUGGAUGUUCAGGGGGCCCCCAGAUGCUGUUCCAUUCUUAACGUGUGUUGCUCUCACAAUAAAGGGGUGGAGCCCGCACUGCCUGCAGCUGGACAGCUUUACUGGGGUGGGGGGCUGGGCGUCAGGACUCCUGGGUUCUAUUCCCAAACAGUUUUACUGAGAGGGAGGGAGUCAACCCCUGACUCCAUGAUGGAAACCUUGGAAUUGGCAUUGUGUGAGAAAUCUGUGGGGGUCAUAAGCUACCGAGCCCCACACUCAGCCCCCUGGCCAUCCAGGACGCUCCCAGCCCUGGGAGGGGAGUGGGGGCUGGUGGGUUAGAGUUGGGGGGAGGCCACUACUCAUGGGUCUCCCUGGGAGCAGGCAGGGAUGUUUGUGUCUGCUGUUGCCUCUGUAAUUAAAGCUCCUGGUGGCAGGAAGCUCCCUGUACCAACUCCCCUCUCCCCUGGGGCCUUUCCCACCAAGCGAGCGAUGGUCCCCCAGAGUCUGUGUCCCACUGGGGUGGGCUGGGACAUGGCUCCCCCACUUAACCCUUCACUAAAGCCAGGAACAUCCCAUCCCCCUGUCCCGUUGUAAGAUGGGCUGUCUUCAGCUCUUACACUAAGCGGGGGCAGGUCUGUGGAUGGGAGACCUCCAGGAGGCUGUGAGAAGAGGUAGAGGCUCACUUCCUGCCCUAAACGAUCCUGCAAUGAGCAGUUACCCAGUUGCUGCACCUCACUCCAGAGGUGGCUGCAUCUCUGCGCGGGGUGAGGGAUCCCUACUCCAUGCUCAGCCCCAGCAGUGGCUUCAUCUCAGUGCCAGGUGAGGAAUCCCUGUGUAAACAGCCCCCAUGCGCCACCCCAGAGGUGGCUGCAUCUCAGAGGCAGGGAAGUGAUUUCUCUGUAUACAAUGUGUACAAACCAUUAGUAAAUAUUUUAAACUGA